AUGGAAACCGACGUCAACAACAUUUCAGAAACACUGACAGCUGUGGAGAUGGACAGCGCGAAUAACGCACACUGUGAGCAUACAAUCAAAAACAUCGACUGGAUCUCAUGCAAAGACUUCACAAUCGAGAUCGGAGAGCAGCAGAUCAGACAUUACAUGGACACAUGGGAGAUAGAGCAGCCUGGCUGGCUCUACAAUCUGAGGUUUCUCCAGGAGACAGAGCUGGAGUUUAAAACGCAGUACCAUUACGAAGCCAAAUGGAGCAUCCCGACCCCAAGCGCCCCGAUCCCGAGAGUCACAGCCAGCGUGUACUUCACCAUAGAGAUCUCCAAAAUCAAACCAGACACACGGCCUGUGGACGUCCACUUCCUCGUCGAGACCAACAGGUCCAAACAUAGUCCAGGACAAACGAGGUUCAGGGAGAAGUGGCUGAUGGAUGUCAUUGAGAGCAAGACUUUGCUAACGGACACCGUUGACUUUUAA